AUGGCACCGAGAUCGUUCAAAAAGUUUGCCAUUGCCGUCAGUGGUACAAUUCCCGGGUACAAGCAGGCUGAUGUGAAAGCUUUGGUAGAGGGCCAAGGUGGAACCUUCAUCACAGCGGUCAAUGAUGAUUGUACGCACUUGAUCACCACACAGAAAGAUACCGAAAAGAACAGCGUCAAAUAUCAAUCCGCUACAAAAAUCAAAGGUUGCAAGAUUGUGACCGUCGAUUGGCUCGUCGAAUGCAAUAACGCCAGUAAGGUGGUUCCAGAGAAGAGUUAUUUGAUCAGCGCAAUGGCGAAAGACGACAGCCAGAAGAAACAAAAGCCAGCCAAAGAUGCAAGCCCUGCUACAGGAAACAAGCGCGCCAUUAAAGAUGAAUCCGAAGAAGAAGAUAGCCAACCGACUAAGAAGCAAAAGGACGCUAAAAAGGCCAGUCCAAAUGGCACUCUGAACGUUCCUGUUGACGAGGUGUUCAACCACCCAACUAUUUUCCGAUCAGGGGCACCCAAGGUAUUCAUUGAAGAUAAUGGUAUGAUAUGGGAUGCGACAUUGAAUCAGACCGACUCUCACAAAAACAACAACAAGUUCUACCGCGUGCAGGUCAUCGUAUCAAACGAUGAAUCGGAGUACGUGACCUGGACCCGAUGGGGCCGCGUCGGUGAAUUCGGACAAUCCGCCGCUCUGGGUAAUGGCACACUCGAUGAAGCUAAGAAGUUCUUCGAGCGGAAAUUCAAAGACAAGUCCGGACUGAAGUGGGAGAAUCGACUCGACCCUCCCAAGGCAGGCAAAUACAUGUUCAUCGAGCGAGAUUACGAAGCGGAUGACACUGAAGACGAGCAGCCAGUUACCAAGAAGGAGAAAGACGAGCCCGAUGCUGAGGUCGAAAGUGAAUUGACAAAGCCAUUACAGAACCUGAUGUCGUUCAUCUUCAAUUUCGACCACUUCCAGUCUGCGAUGGCGUCCAUGUCGUAUGAUGCUAAGAAACUGCCGCUGGGCAAGUUGAGUGAGAGGACUUUGAAGAUGGGAUUUACAACUCUAAAGGAGCUUGCCGCAUUGAUCACGAGCACUGUCCAUGAUUCUGACUGGAAGACCUCAGUCGAUACGCUGAGCAAUCAAUACUUUACCAUCAUCCCGCAUGUCUUUGGACGGAAUCGGCCUCCCAUUCUGAACACCGAUGCUCUCAUCAAAAAAGAAAUCGAUCUCCUGGAAGCACUGACGGAUAUGGAUGUUGCGAACGAGAUCAUGAAGGAGUCUAAGCUGGCCGAGAUUCACCAGCUAGAUCGACAGUUCCAGAGUCUCGGUAUGAAGGAGAUGACCAGACUGGAACAAAGCUCGACAGAGUUCCUUGAGUUAGCAAACUACCUCAACAGCUCCCGUGGCGCAACCCAUCACAUCAACUACACGGUAAUAGACAUCUUCCGCGUGGAACGUGAAGGGGAAGAAGCUCGCUUCCAGUCCUCUCCAUACGCAAAAAUACAAAACAGCGACCGCCGUCUCCUCUGGCAUGGUUCCCGAAGCACAAACUUCGGUGGUAUCCUCAGCCAAGGUCUCCGAAUCGCUCCCCCCGAAGCACCAGUAAACGGAUACAUGUUCGGCAAGGGGGUCUACCUCGCCGAUACCUCCACCAAGUCUGCAAACUACUGUUGCCCAUACAACAGUGCAGGCAUGGGACUCCUGCUACUCUGCGACGCCGAGCUCGGCGAUCCCAUGCUCGAGCUUACCAACAGCGACUACCAGGCUGGAGAGAAUGCCAAAGCCCAAGGUAAAAUCGCCACAUUGGGGAAGGGCUGCGCCGUUCCCGGGGGGUGGAAAAAUGCCAGCGUGCUUAACUCGGCGUUGGAUGGUGUUAAGAUGCCGGACAUCACUCUUGGCCAGGCACAAAAUAACAAUGCUGGCUUACAAUAUAACGAAUAUAUCGUUUACGACGUCGCGCAGAUUCGGCAGAGAUAUCUCUUUUAUGUUCGGAUGCAUUAG